AUGCUCCUGAGGGAAUUCCUGAUGCUGCGCGUGGCCCCGCUUCAGGUGCGUACGCGCCCCUUGUGGAGGCUUGGGGACGAAGAGGACAAGGUUCACCUAAGCCCGGAAGCCUUGCCUGAUGGUGAGCUGGUUGCGGCUCUCCGCCUCCUGGUCGGGGACGACCAGGAGUACCCGUCGAGUGUCUUCAUUCCCUUGUUCCACCGCAAGGACGGGGCGCAGGUCGUGGCCGCCAGGUCGACCUUUGACGGGUGCGGGCUGGUGGUGCCGGCGCCCACCGGGGCCCCUAUGGAGCCAACGCUGGUGGAUCUGUCUUCUGAUGAAUCCCGCGGGGAGGAAAAAGAGGAGGACGAGGAGCACGACUCGGAGGUGACCCCUGAAGGGAUGGGGGAGACCUCCCCCUUGAGCAAGGCUGACAUCCUCCACACCCUGCCAAAUGACGAUGAGGCCGGUGCCCGCCAGGAGAAGGGGGAGCCGCCCGUGAUCCCGACGAAGUGCAGUCCCCGCUCCCUCUCCGCCGCCGGACGGAAUCCGCCCCCGCCCGCGGCCAACCGGAGGGCGCCAUGUGGCCCCAGCCACCGCGCGCCGCCGCCGGCCCGCCAGGACCGCGCGGGGCCCCCCGGCCCGCUCCGCCGCCUCCCGCGCCUCCUCCCGUGCGCUCCUCCGCUCCGCCGCGGCUCCCCCCCGCCGCCGCUGUUCCCGCUCCCCGCCGGACCUCGCCGCGCCGUCCUUGCGCUCUGGACGCCGACCCCGCCGCCGCCCGCGCCGGCGCCCGUCCCCGCCGCCUCCACUCCCGUUGGCUCCGCCGCCCGCACCCGCGACUGCCCCGUCGCCUCCUCCUUCCCUGGCCUCCCGGAGCUCCGGCCGCCGCCGCCCUCUCCUCCGGCCAUCCUCGGUUCGCGCGAGGAACCCUAG